CUCCGUUGUAAUAUUUUUCAAGUAUCGGGUGUCAAAAUGUAAAAAACGAAAUUUCCAGUUCCAAAAUGUCAAAAUUGAAAAAGCUAACAAUCCCAAAGAAAUCCCACGCUCCUCCACCGUCGCCGCCGCCGCCACCACCACCGCCGGCAAGCAGGAUGAGUGUGCUGGAACUGCCGGAGGAUGUGGUGCGUCGCAUUUUUGAGUUCCUGCCCCACUUGGUAGAUAGAGUUCGGCUGGCCAAUGUAGCUGACAAGUUCCGGACGUCCUUCGAGGCGUGGGCUCGCGCCAAGCGGCAUGUCCUGGAUGUCGAGCAAUUGGAGACUAUGCGACUGCCUGAACUGAUUGUCUUCUUUAGGCUGGCGGGUCCCUUUAUCCGAGUCCUCAAGGUGGACUGCUCCUCCUUCCAAAAGGAGUCGCUGCUCUCGGAGUUCAUAUCGGAGUAUUGCCCCAAUCUGGAGGAGAUCAAUUACUCCAAUGCCAACGAUGAGUUCCACUAUCGCACCAUCAUGUCGCGGAUGACACACCUGAAGCGAGUCCACAUCGAGUGUAUGGACACCGAGGAUGUGUUGAACUUCGAUCUGGAGGCCAACCAGGAUCUGGAGUCCUUCGAACUGGUCAAUGGUUGUUACACAGGAAAACACCUCUGUGGCUUUCCCAAGCUCACGAAGCUGGUCCUGCGCGACUGUCUACUGUGGAACUCGGGGGAAUUCGGAAUACCCCUCAAGUCACUGCGCGUCCUGGACCUCGAUGACUGCUGCUUCGAGGUGAUGAGCCAAAGUCUUUACCAGAAGAUAGCAGAGAGCUGCAUUAACCUAGAGGAGCUCAUCUUUUCCGGCGGCGACGCCAACUUCGAGGUGAUAGCCCAGCUGCCCAACCUGCAGCGCUGCACCCUUAAGACCUGGAUAACUUCCAAUGAGCUUAACAUUGGAUUCCUCACGCAGCUGGCCGAGAAUCAUGGCAACAAGCUUACCCAUCUGCAUCUGUCUGGCCAGUUUCUCAUUACCAACGAGCAUGCCCGCUGUUUGGGUCAGCUGAGCUCCCUUCAGGAACUACGGUGGACGAACAACGAUAUCCUGGAGGACGACCACUUCAAGUUCUUCAACGAUCUCAGCCAGCUGGGGCGGUUCGGGAUGACGUGGUGUGGCAUGGUGGGGGACACGGGUAUGAUGCGACUGGUGCGCAAGUGCCUAGAGGUGAAGAUCAUCGACUUGCAGGACUGUGACGAGAUCACAGAAGAGUUCGUGAUCAAUGCCAUCGGAUGCUGCUCCAAGGGUCCGGGACGGAACCUGGUAAUUAAUGUGAAGCGCACCAAGAUCACGCCGAACGUCUUGACGCAUCCGGAUUACUUGUCGUCCUUGAACCACGUCAAGGUGAACUUUCUAAGUGAGUGAUCCUGGAAGGUAACUACAAGGAAUUGCAAAGGAGUGGUUAUAUAUUUUUUUAAGUU